CUCUUCGAUACUUGUGCCUGUAAACGGGCUGAGGACUGUCUGUGUGCUGCAAUAUCCUCCUAUGUAUGGGCCUGUGCAGCUGCAGGUGUCAAAUUAUCUGGAUGGAGAGACGAUGUUUGCAGGAACUUUCUACACCACUGUCCCCCAUCAUUUGUGUACAGUUAUACAGUGUCUACCUGUAUUCCCACCUGCCGUUCCCUGUCUGAACCAGACCCUACAUGCAGCUUUAAAUUCCAUACAGUUGAUGGUUGUGUAUGUCCAAAUGGAACAUAUCUAGAUGAAAGAGGUUUUUGUGUGAAAAGGGAGAACUGUCCAUGCUACUAUAAGGGGUUUCCUGUGUCAGCCAAUGAACCUUUUCAUGUUGGACGACUUAUAUGCAACUGUACAAAUGGAUCAGUACGUUGUAUUGACCAAGGAAUUCUAGAGUGUCCUUAUCCCAUGAUUUACUUUGACUGUGAUAAAACUGGAGAAACAGCAAAAGGAGCAGAGUGCUCUCCAACCUGUGAUACAUCAGCUGUACAGUGUUACAGCCCACUGUGUGUAUCAGGCUGUUUAUGUCCAAAAGGCUUAAUUCUACAUGGUAACAGAACUUGUAUAAAAGAAGAAGAAUGUCCAUGUGUUCACAAUGGGAUGAAUUACAACCCAGGGGAUGUCGCUACAAUACAUUGUAACAAAUGUGUUUGUAGAAACAAGACCUGGGUGUGUGAUGUCAAAGCAGAAAAAGGAAUUUGUACGCUGUAUGGAGAAGGUCAUUACAUCACCUUUGACAAUAAACGCUACACAAUCAAUGGAGAUUGUGAAUAUACUUUGGUUCAGGAUUACUGUGAUGUUGAUCAUUUAUGGAAUGGAACAUUUAAAAUAAUCUCAGAAAACAUCCCAUGUGGGACAACAGGAACUUCUUGCUCUAAAGCUAUCAUAGUUUAUCUAGGGACCCAUAAACUUAUUCUAACAGAUGGAAGCUUAGAGGUUGUGGAAAGAUCUAGUAACAUUGAGAUUCCUUAUAAGACUCGUAGCAUGGGAUUAUUUUUAAUGAUUGAAACCAAGAUUGGACUCAUUAUAGUGUGGGACCGAAAGACCACUAUUUACAUCCAUCUAAGCACACAAUUUAAGGGGAAGGUGUGUGGCCUCUGCGGAAACUUUGAUGGAAAUGGCAACAAUGAUUUUACUACAAGGAGUCAGUGUAUUGUUGAAGAUGUAAAACUUUUUAGAGAUAGCUGGAAGGUGUCUCCUUACUGCUCUGAAGUCUAUAUAUCCAAGGAUCCAUGUAUUGUACAUCCAUACAGGAUGGCCUGGGCACAAAAAUUGUGCAACAUUAUUCUUAGCCAUGUAUUUGCACCAUGCCACAGUGAGGUUGACCCUGAGAAAUAUUAUGAGGCCUGUAUCCGAGACACAUGUGCUUGUGACAUGGGAGGUGACUGUGACUGCUUCUGUACUGCAGUGUCAGCAUAUGCCCAAGCUUGUAGUGAAGCCUGUGUGUGUGUUGAGUGGAGAUCUCCAACUAUCUGCCCAAUUUUUUGUGAUUUCUACAAUAAAGAAAGCCAGUGUGACUGGUACUAUAAGCCCUGUGGUGCUCAAUGCAUGAAGACCUGCAGGAAUCCCAAAGGUUUAUGUAUAUCUAACAUGAAAGGUUUAGAAGGAUGUUACCCCAGGUGUCCCAAAGAUAAACCUUACUUUAAUGAAGAUGAAAUGCAGUGUGUGUCCCAGUGUGGCUGUCUGGACAAAGACCAACAAUACUACAUGCUUGGAGAAAAGGUUGAAUCUUGCAACAUCUGUGAAAUCUGUGUUUGCACAGCAAAAGGAAUUGUAUGCCAUUAUAAUUCACAUGCUUGCAAUUGCGAGUAUGAAGGACAAGUGCUGAAAAUUGGUGAAGUAAUCCAUAUCUACGAUGGCUUUGGUGGCUGCAAAAAAGUGUUUUGUGGAUUAAAUGGAACAACUGAAACUCCAUGUUAUACAACAACAGAACCAAGUACAGAUUUCACACCUAUAAAGACAAGUGGUUUUACUACUAUUACUACUACAAAACCUUUAACCAAGGCUUUAAGUUCAAUGGCCAUUAAAAUAUCGAGCUCAAUAAAAAGCUCUGAAACAUCCACAACGCUUAGAAAAACAGAAAUGUCAACAGGAUCUCUGCAAUCCUCAAUAUUAACUAAAAUGAUCUCCUCCACCUCUCCUGAGAAAAGUCAGACAACUAAAUCAUCUACAGUUGGCAGUAGUGCAGUUACAUCAUUCUUGACAACAGCUUUGUCAUCCCCAAGAUUAUCAACAAUGACUACAACACCUAUCAGGACAAGCAGUUUUACUACUACUGCUGCUACUACUACCACUCCUACUACUACUACUACAACUACUACCACGCCUACUACUACAAAACCUUUUACCAAAACUUCAACUUUGAGUUCAAUGGCUGCCAAAGUAUCAAGCACAAUUAAAAGCCCUGAAACAUCCACAACUCUUGGAAAAACAGAAAGGUCAACAGGAUCUCUGCAAUCCACAAUAUUAACUAAAAUGAUCUCCUCUACCUCUUCUGGAAGAAGUCAGACAACUAAAUCAUCUACAGUUGGCAGUAGUGCAGUUACAUCAUUCUUGACAACAGCUUUGUCAUCCCCAAGAUUAUCAACAAUAACUACAACACCUAUCAGGACAAGCAGUUUUACUACUACUGCUGCUACUACUACCACUCCUACUACUACCACUCCUACUACUACUACUACUGCUGCUACUACUACUACUACUACUGCUGCUACUACUACCACUCCUACUACAACUACCACUCCUACUACUACAAAACCUUUUAUUAAAACUUCAACUUUGAGUUCAAUGGCUGCCAAAGUUUCAAGCACAAUAAAAAGCCCUGAAACAUCCACAACUCUUGGAAAAACAGAAAGGUCAACAGGAUCUCUGCAAUCCACAAUAUUAACUAAAAUGAUCUCCUCUACCUCUUCUGGAAGAAGUCAGACAACUAAAUCAUCUACAGUUGGCAGUAGUGCAGUUACAUCAUUCUUGACAACAGCUUUCUCAUCCCCAAGAUUAUCAACAAUAACUACAACACCUAUCAGGACAAGCAGUUUUACUACUACUGCUGCUACUACUACCACUCCUACUACUACUACCACUCCUACUACUACUACUGCUACUACUACCACUCCUGCUACUACUACUACCACCACUCCUACUACUACUACUACCACUCCUACUACUACAAAACCUUUUACUAAAACUUCAACUUUGAGUUCAAUGGCUGCCAAAGUAUCAAGCACAAUAAAAAGCCCUGAAACAUCCACAACUCUUGGAGAAACAGAAAGGUCAACAGGAUCUCUGCAAUCCACAAUAUUAACUAAAAUGAUCUCCUCUACCUCUUCUGGAAGAAGUCAGACAACUAAAUCAUCUACAGUUGGCAGUAGUGCAGUUACAUCAUUCUUGACAACAGCUUUCUCAUCCCCAAGAUUAUCAACAAUAACUACAACACCUAUCAGGACAAGCAGUUUUACUACUACUGCUGCUACUACUACCACUCCUACUACUACUACCACUCCUACUACUACUGCUGCUACUACUACCACUCCUGCUACUACUACUACCACCACUCCUACUACUACUACUACCACUCCUACUACUUCAAAACCUUUUACUAAAACUUCAACUUUGAGUUCAAUGGCUGCCAAAGUAUCAAGCACAAUAAAAAGCCCUGAAACAUCCACAACUCUUGGAGAAACAGAAAGGUCAACAGGAUCUCUGCAAUCCACAAUAUUAACUAAAAUGAUCUCCUCUACCUCUACUGGAAGAAGUCAGACAACUAAAUCAUCUACAGUUGGCAGUAGUGCAGUUACAUCAUUCUUGACAACAGCUUUGUCAUCCCCAAGAUUAUCAACAAUAACUACAACACCUAUCAGGACAAGCAGUUUUACUUCUACUGCUGCUACUACUACAACUCCUCCUCCUACUACUACUGCUGCUACUACUACUACCACUGCUACUACUACUACCACUCCUACUACUACUACUACCACUCCUACUACUACUACUACCACCACUCCCACUAAUACUACUACCACUCCUACUACUACAAAACCUUUUACUAAAACUUCAACUUUGAGUUCAAUGGCUGCCAAAGUAUCAAGCACAAUAAAAAGCCCUGAAACAUCCACAACUCUUGGAAAAACAGAAAGGUCAACAGGAUCUCUGCAAUCCACAAUAUUAUCAACAAAAAUAGUCUCCACCUCUAUUGGGAGUAGCCAGACAACUAAAUCAUCUACAGGUGGCAGUAGUGCAUUUUCAUCAUUCUUGACAACAGCUUUGUCAUCCCCAAGAUUAUCAACAAUAACUACAACACCUAUCAGCUCAAGCAGUUUUACUACCACUCCUGCUAGUACUACUACAACGACUACCACUCCUACUACUACUACUACUAGUACUACCACCACUCUUACUCCUACUACUACCACUCCUACUAUUACAAAACCUUUUACCAAAACUUCAACUUUGAGUUCAAUGGCUGCCAAAGUAUCAAGCACAACAAAAAGCCCUGAAACAUCCACAACGCUUGGAAAAACAGAAAGGUCAACAGGAUCUCUGCAAUCCUCAGUAUUAACUAAAAUGAUCUCCUCUACCUCUCCUGAGAAAAGUCAGACAACGAAAUCAUCUACAGUUGGCAGUAGUGCAGUUACAUCAUUCUUGACAACAGCUUUGUCAUCCCCAAGAUUAUCAACAAUAACUACAACACCUAUCAGGACAAGCAGUUUUACUACUACUGCUGCUGCUACUACUACCACUCCUACUACUACUACUACCACUCCUACUACUACUACUACUACUGCUGCUACUACUACUGCUGCUACUACUACCACUCCUACUACUACUACUACCACUCAUACUACUACUACUACUACUACUACUACCACCACUCCUACUACUACCACUCCUACUACUACAAAACCUUUUACUAAAACUUCAACUUUGAGUUCAAUGGCUGCCAAAGUAUCAAGCACAAUAAAAAGCCCUGAAACAUCCACAACUAAAUCAUCUACAGUUGGCAGUAGUGCAGUUUCAUCAUUCUUGACAACAGCUUUGUCAUCCCCAAGAUUAUCAACAAUAACUACAACACCUAUCAGGACAAGCAGUUUUACUACCACUCCUACUAGUACUAGUACAACGACUACCACUCCUAUUACUACCACUCCUCCUACUACUACUACUACCACCACUCCUACUACAACUACAACUACUACUACUACUACUACUACCACUCCUACUACUACAAAACCUUUUACCAAAACUUCAACUUUGAGUUCAAUGGCUGCCAAAGUAUCAAGCACAAUAAAAAGCCCUGAAACAUCCACAACUAAAUCUACAGUUGGCAGUAGUGCAGUUACAUCAUUCUUGACAACAGCUUUGCCAUCCCCAAGAUUAUCAACAAUAACUACAACACCUAUCAGGACAAGCAGUUUUACUACUACUGCUGCUACUACUACCACUCCUACUACUACUACCACUCCUACUACUGCUGCUGCUACUACUACCACUCCUGCUACUACUACUACUACCAUCACUCCUACUACUACUACUACCACUCCUACUACUACGAAACCUUUUACUAAAACUUCAACUUUGAGUUCAAUGGCUGCCAAAGUAUCAAGCACAAUAAAAAGCCCUGAAACAUCCACAACUCUUGGAAAAACAGAAAGGUCAACAGGAUCUCUGCAAUCCACAAUUUUAACUAAAAUGAUCUCCUCUACCUCUUCUGGAAGAAGUCAGACAACUAAAUCAUCUACAGUUGGCACUAGUGCAGUUACAUCAUUCUUGACAACAGCUUUGUCAUCCCCAAGAUUAUCAACAAUAACUACAACACCUAUCAGGACAAGCAGUUUUACUACUACUGCUGCUACUACUACCACUCCUACUACUACUACUACCACUCCUACUACUACUACUACUGCUGCUGCUGCUACUACUGCUGCUACUACUACCACUUCUGCUACUACAACUACCACUCCUACUACUACUACUACUACCACUCCUACUACUACAAGCAGUUUUACUACUACUGCUGCUACUACUACCACUCCUACUACUACUACUACCACUCCUACUACUACUACUACUACUACUGCUGCUACUACUACUGCUGCUACUACUACCACUUCUACUACUACUACUACCACCACUCCUACUACUACUACUACUACUACUACCACUCCUACUACUACAAGCAGUUUUACUACUACUGCUGCUACUACUACCACUCCUACUACUACUACUACUACUGCUGCUACUACUACUGCUGCUACUACUACCACUUCUACUACUACUACCACUCCUACUACUACUACUACUACUACUACCACCACUCCUACUACUACUACUACUACUACCACUCCUACUACUACAAGCAGUUUUACUACUACUGCUGCUACUACUACCACUCCUACUAUUACUACCACUCCUCCUACUACUACUACUACCACCACUCCUACUACUACUACUACUACUACUACUACCACUCCUACUACUACAAGCAGUUUUACUACUACUGCUGCUACUACUACCACUCCUACUACUACCACUCCUACUACUACUACUACUACUACUACUACUACUACUGCUGCUGCUACUACUACUGCUGCUACUACUACCACUUCUACUACUACUACUACUACCACUCCUACUACUACUACUACUACUACCACCACUCCUACUACUACUACUACUACUACUACUACCACUCCUACUACUACAAGCAGUUUUACUACUACUGCUGCUACUACUACCACUCCUACUAUUACUACCACUCCUCCUACUACUACUACUACUACUACUACCACCACUCCUACUACUACUACUACUACUACUACUACUACUACCACUCCUACUACUACAAAACCUUUUACUAAAACCUCAACUUUGAGUUCAAUGGCUGCCAAAGUAUCAAGCACAAUAAAAAGGCCUGAAACAUCCACAACUCUUGGAAAAACAGAAAGGUCAACAGGAUCUCUGCAAUCCACAAUAUUAUCAACAAAAAUAGUCUCCACCUCUAUUGGGAGUAGCCAGACAACUAAAUCAUCUACAGGUGGCAGUAGUGCAGUUUCAUCAUUCUUGACAACAGCUUUGUCAUCCCCAAGAUUAUCAACAAUAACUACAAAACCUAUCAGCUCAAGCAGUUUUACUACCACUCCUACUAGUACUACUACAACGACUACCACUCCUACUACUACUACUACUAAUACUACCACCACUCCUACUCCUACUACUACCACUCCUACUACUACAAAACCUUUUACCAAAACUUUAACUUUGAGUUCAAUGGCUGCCAAAGUAUCAAGCACAACAAAAAGCCCUGAAACAUCCACAACACUUGGAAAAACAGAAAGGUCAACAGGAUCUCUGCAAUCCUCAAUAUUAACUAAAAUGAUCUCCUCCACCUCUCCUGAGAAAAGUCAGACAACUAAAUCAUCUACAGUUGGCAGUAGUGCAGUUACAUCAUUCUUGACAACCACUUUGUCAUCCUCAAGAUUAUCAACAAUAACUACAACACCUAUCAGGACAAGCAGUUUAACUACUACUACUACUUCUACAAAACCUUUUACCAAGGCUUCAACUGUAAGUUUAAUGGGUACUGAAGUAUCACGCACAAUGAAAAGUCCUGAAACAACUCCUGAAAAAACACUAGUUACAGCAAUUUUUAAAACCAGUGUACCUUCUUCAGCCUUUACAACACCACAACCAUUCUCAAGUCUGCCUGUAACCUCUACUCUAUUAAGGACAAUUAUAGUUUCUGCUACAAGGAAAGGCGUAAGUGAGACUUCACCUCUUACUUCACAGCUAUCCAGUAAAACGGGAGAGGGGAUUUUUACUGGGUUUGAUAAACCUGGUAAACCAACAACUGUUAUGCCAUCCAUAUCAAAACCUAUACAGAGAACUCAAGAGCAGGAGAAAAGACCAGUUUAUUACACCAAGUGUGCUAAUUUCACAUGUAAAGAAGAUGGAAACUUUACUGUAAACAUAGUACAAUGUCCAAAGGUUGAGAAUAUUACAUGUGUGAAUGGAAAUCCACCUUUAAAGAUUUACGAUCAAGAUGGAUGCUGCUUUCACUAUGAGUGUUUAUAUUGUGUUGGGCCACAAGGAAUAAUGAAACAUCCUGGUGAGACCUGGAUUGAUGACUGUAAUUCCUGCAUGUGUUACCAAUAUAUAGAAAACGAUUUGAGUAAAGUCAAGGUUUUGUGUUUCCCUUUGAAAUGUCGACCCAUAAAUUUUCAAGUAUGUGACAAAGCAUGGCUAAUACCCUAUGUCACAUAUACAGAAGAGGAUCGUUGCUGCCCAAGUGUUAAAUGUGAAUGUGAUCCUUUCUAUUGUAAGUACCAAAACUGUUCAUUGGGCUAUGAGGCUGUUCCUACAGUAAUAAAGGGAGAUUGUUGUGCCACAAUUAAUUGCAGACCCAUGAAUGUUUGCAUAGUAGAUGGGGCUGUGUACCAGAUAGGACAUGCAAUUUCAGUAAACAGGUCAUCCUGCAUGACAUGUACAUGUUCAAAUGUCAAAGACCCCAAGACUGGCUUUAAUGCUGUUGUUUGUGAGCCUAUACUGUGCAUGAUGCGUUGCCCACUGGGCUAUGUCUAUCAAAAGUCUGACAAUGAUUGCUGUGGUACAUGCAUUCAGGCAUCUUGUAUUGUGAUAGCUACUGAUGGAUCCAGCCAUUUAUUAAAGCCUGGAGAAUCACAGUUCGUGUCAAAUGAUAACUGUACACAAUACAGUUGUAUACUCAAAGGAAAUACCUUUGUGACAGCAUUACAGACACGAGUUUGUCCUAUAACAGAUGAGGAGUGUACAUCUGGGCUGCUUGAGAAAUCUCCAGAUGGCUGCUGUAAUAUCUGUAAAGCUCCAAAAACAUGCAGGGUUCAGACGAAUGUAACUGAAAUUUCUAGUAACGGUUGUUCAGCUAACGUCAGUUUGUCAUACUGCGAAGGAUGGUGUCCAAGUGAUAAAAAAUUCUCUGUGAUGUCACAGCAAAUGGAGGGAAAAUGUGGAUGUUGCACGGAGACAGAAACCUCAAUGAUGGAAGUUGAACUAGUAUGUCCCGGGGACAAGGACAACAUUAAAAUUCCCAUGUCUUUUGCCAACAAAUGUGCUUGCUUAGCUAGAAUGUGCAUACCAUAGAGAUUGGAGGCAAAAUAUAUGUCCUAAAAAAUAUAUGACAUUCCAAGAUAAUUAAUUACUUUCUUUUAGAAAAAUGUAUAUGUAUUGUAAAAGCCGGUGCAAUAUAUAUUUCUAAUCCUUUUGUCUUUGUCUUUUUAUUGCUCUGAUAUAAUCCACAAUAGAGUAGGUAAAAUUAUCUCUGUGCUACCUGUUUGUUCAACCAUGCACACGUUUCACGUGUUCUUUCUUGCUGACAAAGUCAGGUAUAAGUGAAAAUGAAAAGAUCAUUCCUGUGUUUGCAGAACUAUAUAUGUAUAUAACACUAUACUAUGCAUUAGCAAUUAAUGAUGGGAGUAUUUGCAGAUAAACUUUUUGCAGUAUUACGCCAUCUAAAUUAUUGCUUGAA